GCUCCCAGUCCCAGCUAAAGUAAGAAGAGAAAAGGACUUUCAUUCUCUUUCCUUUUUUUCUUUCAAAAUCGGUAAUUCAGCUCUAACUCCUCGCAUUUCUGCAACCCAACAACUGCUGCUGCUGCUACUUGUUUCAGUUAAAUGCCAGGCUUCGUUUUGGAUUCCCGCCUCAUCCUCUCCGCUUGAGAUGAUGCUCUCCCACCUGUAGCUAUUCUGAGUGUUUCCUUUCUUGCUUUCCCGAUUAUGGCUAUCCGGGGAGUUGAUUUCAAGUGGUACAUGGCUUCUUCUUGUCCAUGCUGGCAACGAGCGUGUAUCCUUGAAUUCUGAAUCGUUUUUCUGUGUUUGUUUCUUGAGAAUAAUUGUUGCCAUCAAUUGGAAGCGCUAUCAUUUCUGUACCCACCCUCUGCACAUAUGGAUUGUGGUUGAUUACACUACCGUGUUUGUGUUUCGCCUGUUGAUGUUCAUAGAUAAUGGACUUGCUGCUGGAAUGGUAUUGUAAGUAUCAUUACUACACUGGCUUUUGUUAUUCAGUUUCUGUAGUGAAUCUCUUUGGGGAUUUGGACCCUCGUUCUCUUUCUGAAGUUGUGAUGAAUAGGUUCUUUGAGAUGAUAUAUGCGAAUCAUUUCUGCAGAGAUAUGCCCUUUAUUGUGGAAGAGUGGUGGUUAUUUCAAUCUUGUCGAUGAUGCUCUAUCCGUUUCUAUGGGCUUGGACUGUGAUUGGAACACUUUGGUUCACAAGCGCAAGAAAUUGUGUAAGCUCCCCUUCCUUAGAUUCCCUCAAUUUAGUUUUUGACAUUCUUUGAGUCAUCUUACUGGAGGACAUGUCGAAUCUUAUCUCAUCUUCAUGCAGUUGCCAGAAGAAGGUCAGAAAUGGGGUUUCCUUAUUUGGUUGCUGUUCAGCUACUGUGGACUCGUAUGCAUUGCUUGCAUGUGUAUUGGAAAGUGGCUAAGUAGAAGACAAGCACUGGUUGCACGGGCACAGAAUGGAGUUCCUGUUACAGAAUAUAGGGUUAUAGUCGACAUGAUCCAGGUUCCGGACUGGGCAUUUGAAGCUGCUGGUCAAGAAAUGCGUGGUAUGGGUCAAGAUAAUAAUACUGCAUACCACCCGGGACUUUAUUUAACUCCUACUCAGAGAGAAGCUGUCGAAGCUCUGAUUCAGGAGCUACCAAAGUUCAGGCUAAAGGUUGUUCCAACAGAUUGCAGUGAAUGUCCAAUCUGCCUAGAAGAGUUUCGUGUUGGGAAUGAGGUUCGUGGCUUGCCUUGUGCCCACAAUUUUCAUGUUGAGUGCAUAGACGAGUGGCUGCGGCUGAACGUGAAAUGUCCGAGGUGCAGGUGCUCGGUGUUUCCCAACCUCGACCUCAGUGCCUUGUCCAAUAUAGAGAGGUCUUCAACACCAACCACUGUAACUACUUCCACCCGUUACAUGAGGUCACAACCUGCAAGCGAAAGCUACCGAUUGAGGUUACAAGGCUUCCUUAGGCCGGUCCGUAGUGGUGAGGCCAGACCUCCAACUCCGCCAACUGAUGCAGCAAGCAAUAGUGCUGAAAGUGAUGUAGCUCUGGCAAUCGAGCAACCUGAAACGAGUGAACCAGAGGGUCAUGAUCAUGUGGGUCAGCUGAUCCAAGAUCAGCAGUAGAUAAUUGCUGUGUGAAUCUCUCGACUUCUCAACUUCUAACCAUCCCUGCUAGAGAACCAAAAUAUGGGUUUGUCCAUUAAAGAGUGAUGAUCAGCGUGGUCAAACUAAGUUCUUCCGUUUGUCAUUUGCAGCCCUGUUGUCUUGAUGUGGAACUUGCUUCAUUUUGUCUAUAAGAUCCCGUGAAGAGACGCUAGGAACUGUGUUGUGAUGUAAUGACUAAGUUCUCACUCAUCGCUAUAAUUGUAAUGAUUCAAUGCAUGAUAGACCCACUAUUGACAGUUCAGUUGAAAUGUUAUCUGUUGCUUGGUAUGGUUUGGACUAAGGUAGAUAGAGAUUAGGAAAUGACUAGGCGGAUUAAGUCAUAGGCGGAGGCAGGGGCAUUAGCCCUUGUAGGUGGGCCGAAGUGCAAAUGAGGUCAUUUUGUAGUUUAAUGGUUUAUGAGGUGUUUGUUUAAUUGAUUAACCAUCAACUUAUAGCCACCCAUUGCUUUUGAAAGGCCACCAGCA